CAGUGUAAGACAUGCCGAGAGGAGUUCUGUUGCAAACCAUGGCGUCCGAUCAUGAAGAUCUUGAAGAACCAAUGACAGUGUCCGGCUGUUUGCGAGAUUUUGGAGGGCGGUUACUCCGCCGGAAGUACGUGGACGCGGCUUCGCUGGAGGACUCCCAGCUGGCGCGCUGCCUGAACACCCUGGACUUGACCCUGCUAGGAGUCGGGAGCACGCUUGGCGCCGGUGUCUACGUCCUGACCGGGACCGUUGCCAGGGAAACCGCCGGGCCGUCUAUCGUGCUGUCGUUCCUUGUGGCUGCCAUCGCUUCAAUUUUGGCAGGCCUGUGUUACGCUGAGUUUGGGGCGAGGGUGCCUAAGAGCGGUUCUGCGUACGUCUACAGCUACGUGACGGUCGGCGAACUGUGGGCUUUCAUUAUCGGCUGGAAUAUGAUCCUGGAGUAUGUCAUAGGCACGGCGAGUGUAGCUCGAGCCUGGAGCGCGAACUUUGACUCCCUGAUCGGCAACAGGAUCGAGAACUUCACCAGAACCCACAUGCCCAUGCACGUGUCAGGGCUGGCCGAGUAUCCAGACUUCUUCUCAUUAGGACUCACCUUGAUUCUUACAGCCCUACUUGCCUUCGGUGUGAAAGAGUCCACCAGGUUUAACAAUGUCUUCACUGGACUGAACCUGUGUGUGAUCCUGUUUGUAAUGGUGGCCGGCUUCAUCAAGGCUGACGGCAGCAACUGGGCAAUAACACACGCUCAGAUCAUGAAUGAGACAACCAACAGCACACUAGAUGGAGUUGGCGGGUUCUUCCCGUUCGGUGCAUCUGGAAUGUUGUCGGGAGCUGCGACGUGUUUCUACGCCUUUGUAGGGUUUGAUGCCAUAGCAACCACAGGUGAGGAAGUGAAGAAUCCGCAGCGAGCGAUCCCCAUCAGUAUCGUGGUGUCUCUCACCAUCUGCUUUGUGGCGUACUUUGGAGUGUCGGCAGCGCUCACCUUGAUGGUUCCGUACUACAAGGUCGACAAAAACGCCCCCCUCCCCAUCGCCUUUGCUGAUGUGGGCUUCACUGCUGCUAAGUAUAUCAUUGCUGUCGGGGCUGUGUGUGCUCUCUCUACUAGUUUACUGGGUGCAAUGUUUCCGAUGCCACGUGUCAUCUACGCCAUGGCAAGUGACGGUGUCAUCUUCAGAUUCCUGUCAAAGGUCAACCAGAGAACACAGACGCCGAUUAUUGCCACGGUCUUGUCAGGAAUACUGUCAGGCACCAUGGCUCUCCUGUUUGACCUGAAGGAACUGGUGGACAUGAUGUCUAUAGGAACCCUGCAGGCUUACACACUAGUGGCAGCAUGUGUGCUGAUUCUCAGGUAAGGAGUCAUGUCUAUAGGAACCCUGCAGGCUUACACACUAGUGGCAGCAUGUGUGCUGAUUCUCAGGUAAGGAGUCAUGUCUAUAGGAACCCUGCAGGCUUACACUCUAGUGGCAGCAUGUGUGCUCAUUCUCAGGUACCAGCCAGUAGAGAAGACAGAUGGGGAGUCUGGAUCAGAAGAGGAGGAGGAGGAGGAGGGAGAGGGAGAUGGAGCCACAAACGGACAACUGCUGGUCCAGCAGAGUAGAAGCUCGUCCCCGUGUGUGGGGAGGGGCGAGGCUACAGAACGAACAGGGAGGAUCGUCAGCUACGCAGUCUUACUACUGGGAGUGGUGAUUGUGUGUAUAACAGCCCUGCUUGUGUAUGCUGAGAAGGCCCUGUUUACGGAGGUG